UUCGUUGAAGAUAAUUCCUCUGACGGAUAUCUGAACAACCAUCGCAAGAAAUUUGUUCACAAGAUUCGGCCCAAUGCGUCGCAUCUAGGUACUAACUUGUUAUUCAUGGGCAAUGUAAGCAGUAAGAACUUUGUGCCAAGGAGCCGGAAAUUUGUUCGUAGAAAUCAAAAGUCGUUUUUCCAACAUAAGCACGACGGGAAAAAUCUUACUUCAAUAAUGUCCGCAGUGAAAAGAGCACAGCAAUGGGCUACAUUUGCUAGAACCUGGCAUCUUUUCGAUGCUACAUGGCAAAAUCCAUUUGACAGUGCACAAGUAAUAAUCAAGCAUCUCAUGGGUCUACACAAACCCAUAUACCAUCCAAUGAAUGAUUGCGGAGAUCAUGUUGUUGUCAUGAAUAGUAGAGAUAUCGCCUUACCAGGUGACGAAUGGAGGAAACGUGUGUAUUUCCACCACACAACCUACCCUGGGGGUGCAUCGUGGACACUUGCCUGGGAAUUGCACAACAAAAAUCCUACAUUGGUCAUAAAAAAAGCUGUGUAUAAUGGAAUGGACGGCAACUUACAACGAAGGCAUACAAUGCAACGUUUACAUGUUUUCCCUGACGAUAAAAUCCCUGAAGAGAUCUUGAAAAACAUCAGUAAUCAAAUUAGAUAUUUGAGACCUGUCCCAACUCGAUUGGAUCAUAUUUCACCAGAAGAAGUCGAAAACUACCCGAAAAUUGUAGACUAUCCAAAACAGUAUAUUCUGCGUUAAAGAAAAUCCGCAGUUUACAAAGUCGACAUAAAAAGAAAACUUUGUAGUUUGCAAUCAUUAGCAAAUUUAAAUUACUCCAAAACAUACUGACAUUUUGUACAUCUGUAUAUAGUCAUGAAAAUAAAUUCCUACCAAGUAGUUCCAUCCA